CAACACUUUAUAAGGGCACAAGCUGAACUUUGCUUUUUUCCAGUGAAGAAUUCUAGUCACUGAAGAGAAACAACUCACCGGAGAGCCCCGCCGGCAAAUGGACGAGUCCUGGAGGAUGAGGAUGGGAUUGACAGCGGGGACCCCUCGCCGGCGGUCCAUGGAGGACCGUUCAUCUUCUCGCACAUGGCGGUCCAUCUUCGCCAGCGACAGUGCCUCCGAGAGGGAAACGUUGGACCCCGAAGACUUCGCCGACGUCUUCGGCGGCCCGCCGAGGAGUCUACUUGCGUACAAGCUAGCAAAGACCAGUUCUUUCUAUGAGGAGAUUUUCCGGCCGUCGGAGUUCGCUUCUCAGGCGCGAGCGAAAGGCGGCAGGAGCUUGCCGGUGUUCCGCAUUCCGGCGAAGAGCGACGCGUUUUACAGCGGCGUGUUUGUGUCGGACGAUGAACGGAGGUCUAGGGAUCGGUCCCGGUCGGAAUCGAUGGCGAAAUCAAAGUCGAAUUCGUCAUCGGCCCUGAGUUCAGAGGACCUGAGCCCUCUCCGGCCGGCGAUCGGCGAUGAUGUGGCAUUGUCUUCUUUUGCUUCAAAGCUAAGGCCAAUUAAUGUCCCAUGUAGAUGGAACUCAUGCACCAUGAUGCCUGAGGAACACCUUAUUAAACAAGGGAAGCCAUUCUUUCAAUGCAAUGGCCAAUCAUGUGAAGUUCAAUAUCAAGAUAUUGAAUGCAAGGGGAAUUUCAAGAGUUCCCAGUUUGGAUUCUCAAGAAAAGUUUCCUCCCCAGAAACAAUUAGUCUUGGAUCUAAUUCAUGUCGAACCAUGAAAGUGACUGACGACUUUGAACUCAGUUCCCCAUUUUCGGCUGUCUCCGGACUCUCUCAAGAGCCUGAUGCGAAAUCUUUGGUUCAUGAUAAUGUUCUUCCAGAAUUAGUUAUAGAGCCUGAUGAUGAUGAUGAAGUUAUGAGCUCCUAUGUCAUAGAGGUUAACUCCAGCACCAGAGAGGAACAUCGUGGAUCAGAAGCCAUUGAUGAAGCAAUUGCUUGGGCUAAAGAGAAGUUCCAAUCAAGAAAUUCUGAUGAAGAAUCAUGUUGGAGAAACAACGGGAAUGAACAAUCUACUGUAGUAGAAGGAAGUCAUGCUGCAGGUAAAUACCAUAAUGAAGGGUUCAGAAUAGUCAAGUCUCCAAAGAAGCUACACAUAGAAACAGAGAAGUUGGAUAGAGAUGUAAGAUUGUGGUCAUGUGGCAAGGAAACUGACAUCCGGCUACUGCUUUCAACACUACAUCAUAUUCUAUGGCAAGAGAGCGGCUGGUAUGCCGUUCCCAUUAUGAGCCUAAUACACAGCUCACAAGUGAAGAAGGCAUAUCAGAGAGCAAGAUUGUGCCUCCAUCCUGACAAACUUCAGCAAAGAGGAGCAACACUUCUACAAGAGUACAUUGCUGAGAAGGCCUUCUCCAUUUUGCAGGUUGCAUGGACUGCGUUCAUUUCUCAAGAUGUUUCUUUCUAACUCGGUUUAAUUCUGGUUUAAAGCUCGGGGACAAACACCAAGCAAGAUCGAAUGAUGGAAGUGUGUGUGGCCAUGCAGCAAAUACAGGUUUUAAGUACAUGAAAUUCGAAAAUAGCAUCUCCUCUCCUUUGUACAAAUAGUUGACUGAUGGAUGUACCAUUUCAUUUUUGUUGUAUCAUAAGUUGUUUAAUGCUUUUGUAGAUACCAGAUUUAAACCAGCCCAGCCUUUGGAGUAUUAGAAUUGUUAAAUAAAUAUUGUAGAAAUAGAUAGGAGUGAAAUAAUUAUGUGAUUAAAUUUAAAAUUUUAACUCGAUGUUAUUGAAUUUUGUAAAUAUAUAGUAAAUUAAGUUUUUAACUUUUUA